GUGAUGAACUUUCGACCUCAACGUAUUGUUACAUACUAUCGUUUAUUAAACAUGAGCACAAACGGUGUAAAGAUCACUGCCAAAGCAGACGUGGUUUCCAAAAUGAGUACCGGUUCGAAAACGAAUAUUCACAAAGUGACUAAAACUAUUUCGUCACCAGAUGUAUAUAAACCCGUUGGACCUUAUAGCCAAGCGAUUCUGGCUGAUAAAACCCUCUAUGUGUCUGGGGUGCUCGGUAUGGAUCAACAGUCGCAGUUAGUAUGCGGCGGUGCGGAGGCUCAAACGAGGCAGAUUCUCACCAACUUGAAACAUAUAUUGGAGGCUGGAGGCGCCUCCUUGGAGUCGGUUAUUAAAACGACAAUACUACUCGUUAAUAUGGACGAUUUCCAAACUGUCAACAAGAUUUACGCAGAAUGUUAGUAUUAAUACAUGUGCAA